AUGGCGCCCUCAUUCGACCAGCUGCGCGAGGCUGACCUCGACGACGACGAGUUCAACGAAGAUGAGAUUGACAUCUCUGACCUGCGCGAGAAAUUCGAGGUUCAACUGGAGCUGGGCUACGACGCCUUUGUGGUCAUCGAUGGCCUCCCCGAGGUCACCAAGGACCAGGCGCCCAAGCUGAUCAAAUUCUUGUUGAAGAAGCUCAACACUGUCGGCAAGACCAGGGAAGACCUGAUUUACAUGCCCCUGGAUGCCGAGGGAAAGUCGCAGCGCUUCGCCUUCGUGGAAUACUCUUCAGCCGCUGAAGCCGCUGCCGCGACACGCCAAUUGGACGGUGUUCCCCUGGACAAGAAGCACACGCUGCGCGUCAACAAGCUCACCGACAUUGAGCGAUAUGGCCGAGAAGGACGAGUUGACGAGACAUACGUGCCCCCUGAGAUCGAGGAGUUCCAUGAGAAGGAGCACCUGCGAUGGUGGCUUAAGGACCCCUCGGGCCGUGGCCGAGAUCAGUUCGUCAUGUACCGCGCUGACUCCGUCGGCGUCUUCUGGAACAACGAAAAGGACCAACCCGAGAGCAUUGUCGAUCGCCAGCACUGGACCGAGGCCUUUGUCCAGUGGUCACCUCUGGGCACUUACUUGACCUCUGUCCACCAGCAGGGUGUUCAGCUGUGGGCUGGGCAGUCCUGGUCGCGCGCGGCCAGAUUUGCGCACCCAUUCGUCAACCUGGUUGCCUUCUCCCCGAAUGAAAAGUACAUUGUCACCUGGUCGAACCGACCCAUCUCCAUCCCCGAGACUGGCCACCCUGCCCUGUCUGUUGACGACGAGGGCAAGAACUAUGUCAUCUGGGACAUCGAGACGGGUACGCCUCUGCGAUCAUUCGCCAACCUGGAUGCCCCCAAGGGCGAGGAGGGCAAGCCUCCCCCAAAGAUGCAGUGGCCUGCGUUCAAGUGGUCUGCGGAUGACAAGUACGUUGCCCGUCUGACGCCUGGUGCUUCCAUCUCCGUCUACGAGCUCCCCCGAAUGAACCUCCUUGAUAAGACUAGCAUCAAGAUCGAGGGCGUGGUGGACUUUGACUGGGCCCCGGCAACUCCCCAGCGCGAGGGUAUCAAGACGUAUGAGCAGCUCUUGGCCUUCUGGCAGCCUGGAACCGGCAGCAACCCCGCCAAGGUGGGCGUGAUGAGCAUCCCCUCCAAGGAGAUUGUGCGAAGCCUCAACCUGUUCAACGUCAGCGACGCCAAGCUGCACUGGCAGUCGGACGCGACAUACCUUUGCGUCAAGGUCGACCGACACUCCAAGUCCAAGAAGUCGCAGGCCACGACGCUGGAGAUCUUCCGCGUCCGGGAGAAGGGAAUCCCCGUCGAGGUUGUCGACACUAUCAAGGACACCGUCAUCAACUUCGCAUGGGAGCCCAAGGGCGACAGGUUUGCCCUCAUCACCACCACCGAGCCUGUCGGCCCUACCGCCGUGCCUCCCAAGACCUCUGUGUCAUUCUUCUGCCCCGAAAAGUCCAAGGGCCCCCAUGCCGGCAACUUCAAGCUGCUGCGCACGCUGGACAAGAAGAACAGCAAUGCCAUCUACUGGUCACCAAAGGGUCGGUUCGUCGUCAUUGCCACGAUUGCCAACCAGCAGAGCUCGGAUCUCGACUUUUACGACGUUGACUUUGAGGGCGAGAAGGCCGAGUCGGUCAAGGACCUGACUGCCAACCUGCAGCUCAUGAACACAGCCGACCACUACGGCGUCACAGAUGUGGAGUGGGACCCCUCAGGCCGAUUUGUCGCCACAUGGGCAUCGGCAUGGAAACAUGCGAUGGAAAAUGGAUACCACAUCUACGACUUCAAGGGCGAGGCUCUGCGCGAGGAACCCGUGGAGAAGUUCAAGCAGUUCGCUUGGCGACCACGCCCGCCGACGCUGCUGACGAAGGAGGAGCAGAAGCAGAUCCGCAAGAACCUGCGCGAGUACAGCAGGGUAUUCGAGCAAGAAGACGCCGAUCGCGGUGCGUCAGCCGAUCUUGCCGUGGUCGAAGCGCGCCGCCGCGUCCUGGACGAGUGGUAUGCUUGGCGUGCGGAGGUGGAGGCUGAGGUGGCCGAGGAGAGAGAGAUCCUGGGCCUGCCUAAGGAUCCUCACGCCGCUCUGCUAGAGGCCAAGACCAAGGAGCUGGCGGAGGCCGAGGGUGCCAGCACGGAGAACGACCGGGUGAUUGAGGAGAUUGUCGAGGAUGUGCUGGAGGAGAAUGAGGAGGUGGUGGGUUGA